AUGACAAGAAAUCGGUACUCGGAAACGUAUGACACCAUCCCCGGUCAGACGAAGAUCACAUUUUUACUGCAGGCCAUCCGCGAUGUAUCCGCUGCAGAGGAGGUUAAGCAGAUGGCAGCAGUGCUGCUGCGGCGCCUGCUGUCCUCGUCUUUCGAGGAGGUCUAUCCCAGCCUGGCCAUCGACAUGCAGACGGCCAUCAAGACAGAGCUGCUCGCUGGAAUCCAGUCCGAAGGCUCCUCCAACAUCCGCAAGAAGGUCUGCGAUAUUGCUGCGGAGCUCGCUCGCAAUCUAAUUGAUGAUGACGGAAACAAUCAGUGGCCAGAGAUCCUCAAGUUCCUGUUCGAUUCGGUCAACUCUCAGGACGUCAACCUCCGAGAAGCAGCACUGCACAUUUUCUGGAACUUCCCAGGUAUCUUUGGCAAUCAGCAGCAGCAUUAUCUGGAAGUGAUCAAGCGUAUGUUGGUUCAGUGUAUGCAGGAUCAGGAAAACCCACAGGUCAGUGUCUUAAAGGGGUAG